UACACAAACACGGGGCACUCACGUUGGAUUUUGUCAUGGACACCUUCCAUUCUCGUUUUAAAGAGAAAAUAGGCGAAGUGCUGUUACCUGGCGAUGUAUUCUCAUUUGCAGCACCAGAAACAGAAGACGGUAAUAUCAAAGUCGAAAAGAUAAUAUGCGGUCCAGGCCUCCGAAGAACCGGGGAGGAAGUGAACGUGUGUAAAAGUGGAAUUCUGCGCCAUAAACAUCCAAAUCUGUACUGGAUAGAUUCUCAACAGAGACGGUAUGUACCAGCCAAGGGUGAAAGUGUGAUCGGCAUUGUGACAGCAAAGUCUGGAGAUAUAUUUAAAGUGGAUGUUGGAGGAAGUGAGCAGGCAUCUCUUUCAUACCUGGCAUUUGAGGGAGCUACCAAGAGAAACAGACCUAAUGUGCAGGUGGGAGAUCUGGUGUUCGGUCAGUUCACAAUUGCAAACAAAGACAUGGAGCCCGAGCUGGUGUGUAUAGACAGCUGUGGCAGGGCCAAUGGGAUGGGGGUGUUUGGAGCUGAUGGGCUGCUCUUUAAAUUGUCACUGGGACUAGUGCGCAGGAUUCUGGCUCCACAAAGUGAAAUAGUGAAGGACCUGGAGAAGCUUUUCCCCUUCGAGUUUGUUGGUGGGAUGAAUGGCAGAGUUUGGGUAAAGGCAAAGACUGUUCAGCAGACACUGAUAGUGGCUAAUCUACUGGAGACCUGCGAGAACAUGACUUCCCAGCAGAGACAGAUGCUGUUCAAGAGGGUGGCAGAAGGCUCCCUCUAGUGGACACAUCAAAGACCAAUUUCACAGAUUACAACCGGACAUGCUCGGCAUACUCGGCAGCUGUGAAGUGUCCACCACAAUGGUUUAAACCCUCUGGAGAUAUUUAAUAUCCAAGAGUAACAAGGGGCGGAAAUGUAACAGGAGACUUGCAUUGCUUUGUCUGGGUUGUUGACUGAUCAACAUGGAGAAGUCACUAUUUCUCUUAAAAAAAAAAAAAGGUCAACCGGAAAUAUUUUUGCUGUAAGAACAAUAUAUUUUUGUGUGUAAAAAAACAAACAAAAAAACUUCUUGAUCAAACCAUUGUCAGUUAAUGUUCACUUAAAAGUCUAGAUAAAUAUAAAAAUAGAAAUGAUUCCAUCUGGGGAAAUAACUGGUGCAAAAAAAAUGUCCCCCAUUGAUUUGCAAUUUGAUUAAAGGUUUUCCAACUACAUAAUUUAAUUGGUUGCUGUCUGAAUUUGUCAUCUAUUUCCAGGAGGGUGAGACUUUUCUCUGUUUUUUUUUAGCUGGUUUGAGGUUAAAGUUAUUUUAAUGGUAAUUGCAGGAGCAUUGCCAUUAAUAUUUUAACAGUGCAAAAGUGGUCCACAUUUCAUUGAUCGUAAUUGUGUCCGAAGUUCCGAACGAAGAUGCGAUGCGAAGUCAAGUGGCUGUUUAUGCGAAGUUCUAUACCGGUUUACAAAUAUGAUUGUAUUGUAGGCCUACUGUUUUUU